GCCGCGCUGUCUGCUUCUCCUCCGCCUCCUACUCGCCGAGCGCGAACGCCUGAGGCCAGUUCGGGGGAUGUGAGAGCCGAAGGCCCUCGGCUGCCAGGCACGGAGUCGGGAUUUGCCAGCCGGGCCCCAGCUACAGCCCUGCGAGCUCGGGACGCACCCGAGCGACCGAGCGACUGAAGCCCGACGGCGAGUUCGGGCGGGACGGCGGCUGCCGCACGCCCAGACUCGGCUUUGCUGCGCGCCCAGAAGAUGAAUCCGGCUUCGGUGCCCCCUCCGCUCCCGCCACCCGGGCAGCAAGUGAUCCACGUCACGCAGGAUCUGGACACGGACCUCGAAGCCCUCUUCAACUCGGUCAUGAACCCCAAACCCAGCUCGUGGCGGAAGAAGAUCUUGCCCGAGUCGUUCUUCAAGGAGCCUGACUCUGGCUCGCACUCGCGCCAGUCUAGCACCGACUCGUCCGGCGGCCACCCUGGGCCCCGGCUGGCCAGCGGCGCCCAGCACGUCCGCUCGCACUCGUCGCCGGCGUCCCUGCAGUUGGGCACCGGCGCGGGUGCUGCAGGCAGUCCAGCGCAACAACAUGCGCACCUACGCCAGCAGUCCUACGAUGUGACCGACGAGCUACCGCUGCCCCCGGGCUGGGAGAUGACCUUCACGGCCACUGGCCAGAGGUACUUCCUCAAUCACAUAGAAAAAAUCACCACGUGGCAAGACCCUAGGAAGGCGAUGAAUCAGCCCUUGAAUCCUAUGAGCCUCCACCCUGCUGCCACUCCCACCCCAGCACCCCAGAGGUCCAUGGCCGUGUCUCAGCCAAAUCUCGUGAUGAAUCACCAGCACCAACAGCAAAUGGCACCCACUACCCUGAGCCAGCAGAACCACCCUACUCAGAAUCCACCUGCAGGGCUCAUGAGCAUGCCCAAUGCGCUAACCACUCAACAGCAGCAGCAGCAGAAGCUUCGGCUUCAGAGGAUCCAGAUGGAGAGAGAGAGAAUUAGAAUGCGCCAAGAGGAGCUCAUGAGGCAGGAAGCCGCCCUCUGUAGGCAGCUCCCGAUGGAAGCCGAAACUCUGGUCACGGUUCAGGCUGCCGUCAGCCCGCCAGCCAUGACCCCCGACAUGAGAUCCAUCACUAAUAAUAGCUCAGAUCCUUUCCUCAAUGGAGGGCCGUAUCAUUCGAGGGAGCAGAGCACUGACAGCGGCCUGGGGCUGGGGUGCUACAGUGUCCCGACGACCCCGGAGGACUUCCUCAGCAACGUGGACGAGAUGGACACAGGAGAAAACGCAGGACAGACACCCAUGAACAUCAAUCCUCAGCAGACCCGUUUCCCCGAUUUUCUUGAUUGUCUUCCGGGCACAAACGUUGACCUAGGAACUUUGGAAUCUGAAGAUCUGAUCCCCCUCUUCAAUGAUGUUGAGUCUGCUCUCAACAAAAGCGAGCCGUUUCUAACCUGGCUGUAAUCAAUGCCAUUGUAACUUGGAUGCAGCCGUGACCUGACAUUUCCUGGGCCCCUUGGAAAAAGCAAUGGAGCAGAGCAAGUCUGCAGGUGUACCGCUUUCUGCCUCCAUGACUCAAUGCUCCCUCCUUUCCAUGUGGCCAGUUUAAUCAUUGCCUGGAUUUGAUUGACAGUAACUUAAGUGCAACGUAAACAAAUAAAUACUCUAUUUUCAUUUUCAUAGGCCCGAAUCCCUGUGAAUUCGGGGCUAUGUAGAAUUGUUUCUGCAGAAUCGAUUAUGCAGAAUUGCUUCUCUGUUUUUCUAUCUGCUGCCCCAUGUCUAAGCUUUAGGGGUGUUAGUUGAAAUUUAUAUGUCAAUUGAUUAUAAGCCACAAAAAGCUGACCACAGGCAGUGACUCGUGACAGGCGGCUCGGUCCAGGAAAUGCACACAAAAUUAAACCUGAUUUAUAGUUUCAAAAACUGUACUGAUGACAGUAGAACCAAAUGCUUUAAAAAAAAUAUUUAACUUGAGCUUUAAAAAUCAUUGUAUGGAUAGUAGAUCUCUGCCGUAUGGAAUACAAUGUAGUUUUGAAUCCAUGCUGGUUCUGAUGGCUCUUUUUUACUCUGUAUUUGCAAAGGCACCCAUGGUCUUUUGCACUUUGUCCUUUAUCAUUACUCUGGUGCGUAGCGUCUAGACAACUCGUCCUUCCGGCUGGAGAGGAGCAGGAACGAGCGUCACCGUUCCUACACGGCAGAUAUCAUGAAAGAGACCAGUUUGGUACUCGUGAUGAGCAUUGAUUAAACAAAACUUUUUAAAAUUACAAGUUGGAUUUUUUUUAAUUGCAGCUUAGAAUUUGAUGUUUAUUUUAUACAGCACAAUCAUUUUGUAGCUGACGACAAAGGGCAGCCAAAUGUUUUUGAUCCAUCAGUGGCGACUGUAUUUUUGUCUUUUGAAAAACUGUUCUGAAGCCAUCAGGACAACAUAGCUUUCAACCUGAUGGCACACAUAGUGAACUGUUGCUUUUUAAAUUCUGAAGGCUUAUCAGUUUUGCUUUCAAGAUUUCAAGUGUUUAAAAUAAUCUUAUCUAUGAAACUGUUUGAAGGAUGAAGCAGAUCUCUGACUGACGUGUAAAAAGAAUGCCCUCUGAGGGUGUAUGGUGGAGACAUAUGUUUCUGAAUUCAGUAAAAUUGAUUCCUAAGUAUGUUAUCCUAACCCUGUUUGCUACAGUUGGUAUAAAAAGGCAUGAAAUAUGUACUCAAUACCUCUUAUGUAACCAAAAACAUUUUUUAUUAGCUUUUAAGGACUGAGAGAGAGCAUCAGGAUCACGCGGCACGUACCUCUGCCUGCAUUGCUGAUGAAGUCCUCGAUUGUUUAAUAUUUUGAGCUGACAUUAUUUAUAAUCUAUGAAUUUAAUAUCUUUUUGAAAGACAUUAAUAAUUCAGGUCUCUGAGAGGAACCUUCAAUUCCCAAGGGGGCUCGUCUAUUGGGGAUCUUAAAUAAGACCCUUUCCAAUCUACCAGAAUAGAGACAGGCGGAAUACAUUUUAUCUUGUUGGAAAGAAGGCAAGUGAAAAGGUCAGAGAUGAAGUAGUAAAGUCACGGUAUAUCGUGGAAAGGACUAGUUGUGAAAUGGAAGUCGACAAGUGACCAUACCCCAGAAGCAAGACAAGCACAGGUCAGAGAGGUGCCCCAAACGAACAAAGCAACACUUUUCUACUACAACUUUUCUACCAGUAGACUCUGUAGACUCUGUUGUAGAAGGAAAGGCUUUGGUGCACUUUAUGUGGAAGAAGGAGGGGGAGGGCCGGCGUGGCCCUGUCCGCGAUGCUGAGCGUGUCUGUGGACAGGAGCAUACGCCCGCUGUUGCUUCCGACACAUUGAAGUGAUUUCUUUUUCCCGAAGGACGCAUGGUUUAUGUUCUUCUGAUUCCUUCUCUCUCGAAGAGAUGGGGGUAGAUGUUUAUGUUGCUACUAAAUUGAAGGGAGCACUAUUUCUUUUUCUCUUUUUUGAGCAAUAUGAGUUGUACAUUCUUUCUAAGAAAAAACAAAAAACAAGGGACCUAAUGAAACUGAGCAGUGUUACUGUAUUUUUUAAAAAUAUUUUUAUAGACUCAUUUUCAGGUUAUUAAGUGUAAAAGAAACAGAUGCCCCUCUUUUUUAAAGUAGUUAAAACAUUGAUGAUUUGUGUUAUCAAUUUUUAGAAUUUCCUAGUAAUCUUGUGGCAUUAGACAAUACUAGAAGAAUUUUUUUUAGUGAAAUUAGUUGGAACAUUUAUUAAUGAACAUAACAAAUAUUUUUCCAGAAUUAAAUAUGAACCGUGACUAUGUGUUUACUUGAUAGACAAAGCCAGAUGUCAUUUCUUUCUGUUUUGUUUUUAAGGCCAUAGAAUAGGGCCUUUGUUAAAGAACACUAAAGCUAGAAAUCUAAACAUAAGAACAACUUUUUAAAGGGUAUUUCUUAUUAUUUUAAGUGUUAAAACCCCUGCAGAAUUCAUGACAAGGUGCUAUUUAUAUUUCUUAUUAUAAAAGAACUGCCAGGAUAUCUAGUCUUUUUAGUCCUAAAUCAGCAAAUCUCAACAUUUCAUCCAAUACCUGUGCCGUGGAAAAGGCAUAUUAACAAUCGAAACGUAAACAUAAUUUCAGAGAUCUUUCUUUCCAGGUAUUUUUUUUUCCUGAUAAAACACACUUUCUUGAGGUAAAUACAUUGUCAAAACUGAUUUGCAAUUCUACUAAAUCUAAGUUGCUAGUGUUUUCCCAUAGUAAUCCGGAUGUGAAAUGCCAUUUCUUUCGCUGACUCAACAUCAGGGAGGCAGGUUAAACCGAGUGGAAUGUUCGUGGCAGGGGGUGCUGUUGGCCCCAGCCUGGUGGAAAAGCUCUCUGUGGAAGGUGAGAGAAGUGUUGCUAAUUAGAAGUGUUCUCAUGACAUAGUUAGACAGUAACUUCUGAAAGUACAACUCUUCUGAAAAAGAAUAAGCUGUUACAAAAAGGAAAUUGUAGAUUAAUUUCACUGGGAAAAUAGGCGAUUGACAGAGACCGUUUCCCUAACACACUACAUCAUUUAUGUGCUAGUACUUUAACUUUUAAAAAUAAAUUUUACUUCUACAUUUUGUAAUAUGACAUAUGUGUGUUUAUUUUUAAUUUAGAAUGCUGUGCGUACAGAAGGUAUGCAGCCAAAUCAAUCAUAUCAAACCGUUUUACCUGGAGUUUGGUACUGGUUUUUACUUCUCUGAUUCUGUAUAAGAAAAAUAAAUACAAUUCAAUUUCCA